AUGCCGGCGAGCGACGACACGACGACUACCAGCACGGAAAAGCCUGCCGAAGCUAGGAAGAAUAUUGAUGAUGGGGCAGGUGAUUCCACCAAGGGCGUUGAAACGGCAGAGGUAGAUGAUUUCGGAUUGCCUCUUAAAAAGCGGAAUGUGCCCGAACAGGUAAAGCAAGAUGUGGAGGCUACCAGCGCAAAUAAGGAGGCAACCAAACUGGAGGGAGCAGAGACCAAUGGGUAUAAUGGGGGUACGAGCUCUGAAUCUUUAGGAAGUUCUUCUCGAGGUUCAGGGUCAAAAUCAGAGGCAACACCAGCAGACGAUGAGAGCGAAGACGACGACUUCAAAGAUGCCCCUUCAACACCAAACCACGAACCACAAACUCCUCCAGAGCCUGCAUCACAACCCACGACUAAUCCCGACAAGCCUGCGGAAACCCCCCAACCAGUCGAAUCUGUUCCGGCUGCACCUCAAUUAGCCAUAAAAGAACCCGAACCCGCCAACGAUAAAAAUACCAAGGAGCCAACGGCGGCCACAACUGCAGAACCGAAAGAUGCACGUCUACAGAAGCUAGGGGCCAAGGAAGAUACUGAUGGAAGGAAACGCUCAUCGUCACAAACUCAAAGCGGGCAUACUCGACAAGCAAGCUCGGUGGGACAAGGAGUGUCAGAAUGGUCACAUCAGCAACUAGCUCCAAGGGAAGAGAAAGUCCCGGAGCCCGAAGAAGACGAAUGGCAGACUAUGCCCGCAUUCGCGCCCUACGAUAUAUACGAUGAUGAUAACAAGCUUAUUGCGCGGGAGGCACAUGAGUCUGAUGACGAAAAGGAUGUCUACGCAGGCCUUGGAGGUGCUGGAAGGGGGUAUACUAGGGUCCAACUGGACGAGGAUGCACAAUCCGCUACAAGUCUAGAUGAAAACACCCAAUAUCUGUUCAAGGACAUUAAUGGGGGCACUGGUGCUGGGGAAAUGGAGGACGACGAGCAACGAGAUGCUGUUUCGCAAAUGCAGGCCACGAAAGACCUGUUAACAGAGGGCCAAAGGAUUGCCUAUGUUGGCAUGACUCGAUUGAUUCUAUCGAAAAUGGUCAGUGACGUAGAGGCUCUGGUCGUCAAGGGGGUUAAGAAGGAGAUUCCGAUGUCUGUUGAAGCCAUCCGGAUGUGGAGUCAGAAGAUGAUGGUCCGGCUAUACGCCCACAUGGAUAUCAGCGCGGCGGAGCAGAUAAUGAUUGAACAACUCUCUGAUCAUGGGGUUGUGCCGUCGGAUCUCACUCCUACGCUGAUGCAAAAUGCCCGAGUUAAGAACCCUAUGGCCGACAAAGACUCACCUACAGCAAGUCUUUCUUCUCCGCGACCUGAUUCAACAGCGUCGUUGGACACAAGCCCUAGGCCUUCAAUUUCAUCCAAACCAUUUACGUCUUCCCCAGAUCUACGGCAGACAUCUUCAUUCCCAGACGAAGAAGAAUGCGCCUCGGCACCACCUCCCUAUCAAGAGCACGAGGGCGAUGAUCUUCCCGAAGUCCGGACGCCUUCACAACUCCCGAAUACUACAAAUAUUGACAUUGAUCUCCGGUGGACGGUCCUCUGCGAUUUAUUCCUCACGCUUAUUGCCGAUUCCAUCUAUGAUGCUCGAUCUAGAGUUCUGCUUGAGAAGGUAGGAGAGAACAUGGAUGUCUCUUGGCUCGAAAUAUGCCGAUUUGAGAAGCGAGUAACCGAUGCACUAGAGAUGCAACAAGCAGCAGAAAAGGAAAACUGGAACGAAGACGAACAUAAGGAGAACCGGCGGAAACUGGCGCUGAAGAAACGUUACAUGAUGAUGGGUCUUGCUACUGUUGGUGGCAGUCUUGUCAUUGGACUCUCAGCUGGUUUGCUUGCCCCCGUCAUUGGCGCUGGACUCGCUGCAGGCUUUACCACGAUCGGCGUGGCAGGUACCAGUGGGUUCCUUGCCGGUGCUGGAGGUGCUGCAAUUAUUACUUCGAGUGCUGCUGCUUCAGGUGGAAUCAUUGCUGUCAAGGCUGCGAACCGAAGGACCGGUGCUGUCAAAACAUUUGAGUACAGGCCACUACAUAAUAAUAAACGAGUCAACCUAAUCGUCACGGUAUCGGGGUGGAUGGCGGGAAAAGUCGACGAUGUCCGUUUACCGUAUAGCACGAUUGAUCCGAUUAUGGGUGAUAUCUACUCCGUGCUUUGGGAACCUGAGAUGCUCACGAGUAUGGGAGACACUAUUAAUAUUUUAGCUACGGAGGCUUUGACACAAGGUCUUCAACAAAUCCUCGGCAGUACGAUUCUAAUUAGUUUAAUGGCCGCUAUGCAACUGCCUAUUGUUUUGACGAAGCUCGCAUACCUCAUCGAUAACCCCUGGACGGUGUCUCUCGAUCGAGCCAAUGCCGCAGGAUUAAUUCUGGCAGAUUCCCUCAUUGAUCGUAACCUGGGCACGCGCCCCAUUACGUUCGUGGGAUAUUCUCUUGGAUCAAGAGUUAUCUUCUCCUGCUUAAAGGAGCUUUCUAAGAGAGGGGCUUAUGGGCUUGUGCAGAAUGUUUUUCUGUUCGGCUCGCCGAUUGUGGCCAAGAAAGAUGAAUAUUUGAAGGCUAGGUCUGUCGUUGCUGGUCGGUUUGUCAACGGAUUUGCAAAGAACGACUGGAUUCUGGGGUACUUGUUCCGCUUGACAAGUGGCGGCGUUAGUCGCGUUGCGGGGCUUGCACCCGUAGAGGGUAUUCCAGGGCUGGAAAACCUCGAUGUUACGGAACUUGUACCAGGACACAUGUCGUAUCGAACAGCAAUGCCAAAACUUCUCCGACAAGUAGGUUGGCAGGUGGAAAGUGACGAGUUCACAGAGAUCGAGGAUCCCGAUCCGGAAAAUCAUUCGCAGCGUCAGCGAGAGUUGAUUAAUGAGAUCGAAGAGGCGCGGAAGGAGUUCGAUAAGAAGGAAAAGGAAUCAAAGGGAAAAUUUGCGUUCUUUACCCGCAAGAAGAAAAAUGUCGUUGAGAGGAAAGAGUGGGAAACCUACGAUGACUUUAAAAAUAAUCCGGAGCACCAGUCGAACACUGAAGAUUCGCUUGGCAACAACCACGGCGUUCUCUUCGACAUUGAUGCUAUCCGCGCCGAGCUGGCAAGUGAGCAGAUGGAGGUGAAAGAGCUAAAGUCGACUCUACCUCCGAUGAAACUUGAUCUCGCCUCUCCCACGUUGACGAAUCCUCGAGACUCGUUACGGGAAACGAAGAGCGCCGAUGCAUCAACGAUGCUUCGAACAAGCGAUUUCAAGUCGUCGCCAUCUCCGUCGCCGCGAAUGUCGAGUAGCAAUGAUCUGCCUAUUAGGAAUCUCGACCUAGAUCCACCUCGUCCCGCCGCUCGUCAUGGCUUCGGAGACGACGAAAUCCAGAUGACGUUCGACGAGCCCGCCUACCAUCCUCGCACGCCACUCUCUGCUACGCCUUCUUUUAAUACCCUUCAUUCCCACCCAACGCCGCUCUCCGCUACGCCUUCUUUCAACAACCUUCAUUCCCAUCCAUCUCCUAGUAUAGCAAAGGGAACCAUAGCGGCAGAGCGACCGGAGUUGAAGACCAGUAGUACAAUGCCGGCAACACUCCCGUCGUUACCCGUGGAUCACAAUGCGUGGGCGGACGACGAUGAUGAAUUUGGAGCAGAGAAAGAAAUCCAGAUGACUUUCGCAUAG